AACACACAUGGCUCUCUCGUCAUCACCCCAUCACAAAAAGGCGUAGCUAACAAGACCAGCACUGGUGCUCUCAGCAGCCGCAAUUUUCCUCUUCUUCCUCUUGUCGACUCUCUCCGCUUGUUGAUGUCCUCCUUCUGCGGCCACAGCUUCAACUAGUGCUGCCGUCGUAUCGAGCGGUGGGAAGUAUGGGGAGACACCACUGCACGAGGGCUCUGAGUAUAUUUUUAUAUUUAAAUCUGCAAUAAUAAAAGCAAGCCCAAUUUGAGUUGGGAAACCAAAACUCAAGCCUAGAGAGCAAAAACCCUCUCUGAUACAGUCUCUUGUCUCAUCCACAACAGCAUGAAGAAGAAGUCCGAAUAACCUGCAGUUUCUUCUUUCGUAUUGAUGUGGAAGAAGAGCAACCACAUCCGGCGAAGCUUCUUGCUGGUUGCGGCGUCGAGAUACUAUUCAAGAAUCGCUCCGCCGCCACCAGCCUAUGCAGAACCAGUCAUCCGGGUGUCAAACAAUGUAACGCAUCUGGGUUCUCCAAAAGAGGGCCCAAAACCUCGGCAGCUCAUGUCCUUGCCUCCCUUCCCUGGCCUUCCUCUGCCCGGAAAGAAUUCGGCUGAUCAUGUCACCGCUAUAAGCUGGGUCAAGUAUUACUUCAAUGAAGUAUCAGAUUCUGCUAUUCAGUCCCAUUUCAAUAAGGGCCUUGUUCAAAUGGAAUGCCCAGAUUGGAAGGGCUCGUACAGUGAACAGGAACCACAAAUGAAACCCAUGAGAAAGAUUAAACCAAAUGAGGUCAUGGAAGUAGGGGCGAGACUUCAUGUACCUGUAUCAGUUGCAGAGACUAGGAUUUCCAGGAGGUUUGAGACUAUACCAAGUGGAACUCUAUAUCCAAAUGCUGAUGAGAUAGAGUAUUUGCAAAGGCGUGUCAAGUAUAAGGACUCUGCUAUAAUCGUGCUAAAUAAGCCUCCAAAAUUACCUGUUAAGGGGAAUCUUCCAGUUCACAAUAGUAUGGAUGCAUUAGCAGCUGCUGCUUUGUCUUAUGAUUAUGACGAGGGUCCUAAAUUGGUUCAUCGUCUAGACAGAGAGAGCAGUGGUCUUCUCUUAAUGGGGAGAACAAAAGAAAGUGUAGCUCAUCUUCAGUGGCUAUUUAGUGACCUGAAAAAUGUAAAGUCUUCAUGUAAGGCGUGGAAUGAUGCGUGUGAAGCAACAUAUCAACGGUAUUGGGCAUUGGUCAUAGGCUCUCCCAAAGAGAAGGAAGGCAUUAUCCGUGCUCCUCUUUCGAAGGUGCUUCUUGAUGAUGGGAAAACUGAAAGGGUCAUUUUAGCUAAGAACUCAUGUUUAGAACCUUCCCAGGAGGCUAUAACUGAAUAUCGAUUGCUAGGACCUAUGAUAAACGGAUGCUCAUGGAUGGAAUUGCGUCCACUUACCAGUCGGAAGCAUCAGCUUCGUGUCCAUUGUGCUGAAGCUCUUGGAACUCCUAUUGUUGGUGACUACAAGUACGGCUGGUUUGUGCACCGGAAAUGGAAGCAAACUCCUCGAAUUGACAAUGAGCCGACAUCAGGGAAGCCGUACAAGCUGAGGAGGCCAGCAGGUCUAGAUGUUCAGAAGGGAAGUGUUUUGUCAAAGGUUCCCUUGUUGCAUCUACAUUGCAGAGAGGCUGUACUUCCAAACAUUGCAAAGUUCCUUACUGUAUUCAAUCAAAAAUCAGAAAAUCUGCACCCUGCAAUCAGUGAAAAGCCGGAUCUCUUCCGAUUUGUGGCACCAAUGCCUUCCCACAUGAAAAUUAGUUGGAAUCUCAUGUCAUCUUAUUUAGUGUAAGAUGGUAAUAUUUCUGUAGAACUUGAUUGACAUUGAUGUGGACUUUUUAACUUUUUAAUGUAUUUUAGGGCUUCUUACACAUUA